GAGUAAUAGAGUAUCAUUGGAAAUUGAGAGAAUCUAGCUUAAUAACAUCCAACCAAUGGCUUCCGGAGGCGAGCACACACAUGACCAUGACCAUGACCAUGACCAUGACCAUGACCAUAACCAUAACCAUAACCAUGACCACAAGCACGACCAUCACGACGGUUCAUUCGUAGGCGCCGACGGAAAAGUCUACCACAGCCACGACGGUCUUGCACCUCAUUCCCACGAACCAAUCUACUCACCUGGAUUCUUCAGCAGAAGAGCUCAACCUCUCAUCAACAGAGAUUUCAAUGAAAGAGCUUUCACCGUCGGCAUUGGUGGGCCCGUUGGUACUGGCAAAACCGCUUUGAUGUUAGCCCUUUGUCAGAACCUAAGGGAUCAUUACAGUCUCGCUGCUGUCACGAAUGAUAUUUUUACGAAAGAAGAUGGUGAGUUUUUGGUUAAGCACGAAGCGCUUCCGGAAGAAAGGAUUCGUGCUGUUGAAACUGGUGGGUGUCCUCAUGCUGCGAUUAGGGAGGAUAUUAGUAUUAAUCUUGGACCACUUGAGGAGCUUUCUAAUCUUUAUAAAGCUGAUCUACUUCUCUGUGAAUCUGGAGGAGAUAACUUGGCUGCCAAUUUCAGCAGGGAACUGGCUGACUAUAUUAUUUACAUCAUAGAUGUGUCUGGUGGUGAUAAAAUUCCUAGGAAAGGUGGUCCGGGAAUCACACAAGCUGAUCUCCUUGUGAUUAACAAGACUGAUCUUGCACAAGCAAUUGGGGCUGACUUGGGUGUCAUGCAGCGGGAUGCUCUUAGGAUGAGAGACAGCGGGCCAUUUGUAUUUGCUCAGGUAAAGCACAAUGUAGGGGUAGAUGAAAUUGUGAAUCAUGUCAUACAAGCAUGGGAGGCAGCUACUGGGAAGAAACGUCGUUGACAUCUUUUUGCAGAACGGUGUUGGAUUCAGAUUAGUCAGUCAGAAUGAUAUAUAAUAAAGCUGGUAGCUCGAGCGAUAGGAGCGGAACCCAGCCUAUCCUGUUCGUUGUCUUUUCAUUAAUGUUAAGUAUCUAUUUUGCGAAUCACGUUACUACCUUGGACCUAAUCAUUGUGUGUGAGUAUCUUCUAUGGCUAUGGCUACUAUGCCAAAUAACUUAUUUGAGUCAUGUUAAUCAAAUUGACAUCUAGAUCUCUGAAUAAAUUAAAGGCAUGCAUGAUUGUUGUGUUUGGUGUGCAA